CGUCGCCGCUCUGUCCCUGAAGCGGCGGGCGCGGGGCGAAGCUGCGGUCCCGGGAUCGCCAUGGCCACGCCGCGGCAGCACGUGUUUGUGGGGAAAGUGCUGAAGAGGCUUUUCCCUCGUGUUCCCUGCAGCCAAGAAAAGAGCGCGCCUGUGACUCCAGCGUCUGACAAGGCAGCCGGGAGAGUGGCCGCUGAGGAGGUCCCCAGUUUGACAGAUGAGGACACCAAGGUCCCACCUCGAAGGCGACUCUACACGGCAAGUUUGCCUCCUGAGGGGUACGUCCCUGCUCCGCCAGAGCCGCGGGGCAGCCCAGCCUCCGAGGACACGUCUGGCAGCGAUGACAUGGGAGGAGGGUGCCGGCUCCCAGAGGAGGAGCUUCCCCAUCCACCGAAGAGAAGGAGGGCGAGAAAGCAUAAAUCCAGGCAGAGUUUUAAAAAUCCCAAUAAUGAUCACACGGAACCAGCAGAAUUAGAGAAACAGCAGAGUCUUUUACAAGAAAAGUGGCAGCCACAGCCCGCAGAUGGCCCCACGAUGAGUAGAAAUAAGAAGAGGAAACUGAAGAAGCAGCAGCAGAUGAAGAGGAAGAAAGCCGCGGGUUUCCUCACGGCAGCCUCUGGCCGCAACUUCCUGUACCAGCCCGAGGAGGGCGACAGCGGUCACGGAGGCCCGGCAGACGGCGGGGAUGCUGACGGGGACGAUGAGGGGGACCGUGCAGACGCCUGCGGGGAGCACCAGGACAGCACGGAUGCCGGCGAGGAAGAUGUUAAAAGUACCGAUGAGAAGGCAGAUGGGAUCCUAAGCUUUCUGAAGUCGACACAAGAAAUUUAUUUUUAUGAUGGUGCCUGCAAGGAUGGGGACUCAGCUGUGUCCCCGGAGGCCUGUCAGGAGCUGCUCCAGCGUCUCGAGGACCACAGCGUGUCCCCCUCCGACGUGCUCCUGGUGGAUCACAUGAAAACACUGUUACUCACGCGAGAUACCGCGAGCCUGCAGCGCGUCCUGGAGAGGUUCCCGGCGUGUUGCACCAUGCCGCCCGUUUGGAUGCCCCAUUCUCCAGAGAUCCUUUCCCCUCAUCACCCCUCCAUGUCCUUAAGAGAUGCCUGUUCCACUAACUGGAACCUUCUGGACACAGAUUGGGACAGCCAGUAUUUGCUACCUGUUCUGGAGAUCCAUCAGUUUGCAGCUAGGUGCUGUGAAGCAACCUGAGCUUCAUAAAAGUCAGUAAGUGGAGCCACUCGCUAGACCUGGACACGGGCAUAGGCCCACACACCCCAGGGCUGGGACCAAGAAAAUGAUUACCCAUGGGCAGAGUGGGGGCAUGUCCUAAAGGAGGCAUUUUGAGGAGGACACAUCUUAAGGUGGGAGAGGAGGGCACGAGGGUCACUCUUCUGAAGUCUGGUUCCUCCCCACUCUGCCCCAGGCAGAAAUGUCCCCUGCACAAGUGUCCUGCCCAUCCGCUGCCUCCUCCUCUCCCUGAAUAGUAAGUCAGCAUAGAAUGUGGGUGACGUCUGACACCCAGGACUCCUGCCCCGUCCUGCAGGGACAAGGGACCACUCCACAGGCGAGAUGUUAGCCAUUACUUGCCUUCAGGGUCUCCCUGACUGGCCUCGGGAAACCUGUCUUUUCACUGUGCCAGGCUGUGAACCUCCCCUCGGUGCCCAUGAAUUAAUAAGCCGUGUCUGCCAAUAUGAAAAUAGUGACAAAUACAUUAAUUUCCUUGUUAAUUCUCACUAAUUUGUGUCUCUUAAUUGUGAUCAAUGUACGUUUUUUCUGUGCAUGGCAAGUUAAUACACAGUAGAUGGAGAGGAAAACCCUCCAGUUGGCAGACAGACAGGGCCCUUAUUGGGUCUCUUUCCUCUUCUGUCGACUCCCUUCCUGGCCUCUCCCCAGCUGGGGUUUUACCUUCUUUGUUUCCCAGGCCACACCCAGGGGCAGGGUGUGAUCCCAGGGCCUGUGAGUUUAUAUAUUCUUCUUCAAAGGAGAAAAAAAUCCCUCUUCUACAGAACAAAAGCAAAUAAAUCUUGUC